ACUAUUAAGAGAGUAAAAAGGCAAGCUACAGAUUGGAAGAAGAUAGUUGUAAUAUGCGUAACUGACAAGGGGCUCAUAUUCCAAAUCUAUAAAGAACUCCAACAAUAAUAAACAAUCCACUAUAAAAAUGGGCAAAAUUCUUAAAAUGACACUUCACAAAAAAGGUUAUACAAAUGGCCAAAUAUAUAAAAACUAGCUCACCUCAGUAGUAAUCAUAGAAAUGCAUAUGAAAGUCACCAUGCAAUUCCCCUGUUCAAAAUCAGAACAUGGUUGCAAUUAAAAUACAGUUAAAAUGAUGGACACUAGUAAGAACUUACGAGAACCGUGGCACAGUGAGAAACCUCAUAUACUGCUGGGGGGAAGGUGAAAUGGCACAAUCAUUUGGAUAUAAAUAAUUUGGCAUUGUUUACUGAAUUUGAAGAUGCAUAUCCCACAAGACCCAGCAAUUUCAUUCCUAGGUAUGUCCAUGUGCACUAAGAGACUUGUACCAACAUGUUUAUACAUCAUGAGUCCUAUGAGCCCCAAGUACAAAACAACCCAAAUUUCCAUCAACAGGAGAAUCGAUAAGUAUGUCGUUUAUAAAAUGAAAUUCCAUGCAUCAUCACUGACUAUGGAUGAACUAACUACAUGCAACCAGGACGAACCUGCAUUUUACCGUUUUUCAUACAACCGGACCUGACGCUACAUUCCUUUUUCUAUGAAAUAUGUGAGCUGUAAUAAAAGUUGUUGACUUCAAAAAAAAAAAAAAUAGGUGAAUAGGUGAAUCUCACAAACAUAAUAUUGAGUGAAAGUGGCCAAUCACAAAAUUACAUAUGAAUGAUUACAUUUAUUCAACUUUAUUGAACUUUAUUCAACUUAAAGAACAAAAAACUAAUUUGUAGUGCAUCGCUCCUUAGUUUGUAAAUUUUUAAAGAAAAACGAGGAAGUGAUUACUUUCAAAAUGAAGAUAAAAUGGCUUUCUUUGUUGGGAAGAGAGGCCAGUAGUUAUGAGGGGAGGAGAUGGGGUUUUUUUGGGUACCUGCAAUGUUCUGUUCCUUAACCUGGGUGGGUAUUUACACAGGUGUUUGUUUUGUAAUAUAUCAUUGAACUGUACAUCUUGUUUUUUGCCCCUUUUGGUAUGUAUACUGUAUUGAACAGCAAAUGGGAUAAAAUGCUUUAAAGCAUAAAUCACUCACCCUAUCCAUUUUUAAAUACUGCAGUAAAACAAAUUGUCUUUUCAGGUUGCUUGAAAACACCUGAAGUCCUUGAUUUAAUUAUUUUCUGAUUACGAUUUGAUUAAUCUUUUUGUUUAACUAACUUAUUUUCAUAUUCUAGUUUCUACAUCACUUUGCAUUAAUUUGGCAAAGUGAGUUAAUAUUGAAUGAGAAUCAAAUGCUCUGGUGUCAUCUGGAUAAACACCUUGUUUAAUUCUUGGACGGCUUUACAUAUUUAAUUUGAUUUCAAAUGUACAAGGGAAACAGAAUAAAAGUAGGAUCAUUGCAGGACUGAAUAGUUUGUAAAUAUAACUGACGAACUCCAACGAUGCUACUGCAUAACAGAAGCUAUUUAGAUCAUAUACUGAUAUGUUAAAAUGAACCUUAUUUGAGGCAAUUCUAUUAUUGAUAUAUAAUGAAAAUAUCAUCACUAAAUAUAGGUCACACCAUACCAAUGACCAACAAGUUUAAUUUUAUUUUAUAAACUCCUUUCUAAAGAUAGAGUCUAGUAUUUCCAUCUCAGAGAACAAAAUUAAGCAAUUGCAUUUUAAGCACCUUGAAGGAUUUGAGAUUUAACCCAGUUUGUAAGCUAACAAGUUAGCUGGCCACAGUUUCAUGGAUGCACAACUCCUGAGUUAGAGAUGAAAGACUCGGAUGCAGAAAGCACACUGAGCAUCAGCUUAUUUGGGGCUGGUUUCCUGAGCCCCAAUUCCCACAAGCCUAAGAGAAGAGGCUCAGGUUAUAUUUGCAUACACAGUGGGUGGCGUUAUAGGAGAGUAGCUCUGAGUUGAAGGAAACCAAAUAAGCCCGCUUGCCCUUUGCUCAGGAAAGAGAGAGAGAGAGAUACUAUCUUCUAAAGCUCUAAGCAAACCUACCCUUCGUUCAGAUGGAGGUACUAUCUCCAGCUGCCAAGGCUCUUCCAAGGCUGUUCGCUAUGCAUACAGGCUUGAAAGGAUAGUCUCAAAAAAAGGAUAGCUAGUGCCUUGCUCAUAAGACAUGCAGAAACACAAGACCCCAGGAUAACUGUCUCUCCAUAUUGGUGAUGGCUAAAACCUCUUUAUACAGUUGAUAUAAGACGUUUUCUUCAGUUAGAAACUAAAUACUGAAUACUGGUCUAAACUGAAUUUUUCCAUUUUUUUUUUGAAAUGGGAACCAAAAUUUUUUAACAGUUCAUAUUGCAUUCAGAAUGCUUUUGAGAGUCAUAAUCACAUGAAGUCCUAGAAGGACCUUGAAUACAUAGAGUGCAUAUAUAUAUAAUACACAUACAUCUGUAUGGUUUGUUUUCCGCCUCCCCCAUUUAAAAUGUCAAUUCCCUGAGGAUAAUGACUUCCUGUGUGUGUAUAAUUUAUUUUCUUAUUCUGGUUCCUACAUUACUUUGCACUACUUUAAUUAAUAAAGUGGUAUAGGUAGGCCAUCCUUCUUCUUUCUCUUUGUCAACACCAUCACCUUAAGAACAAUAACAAAAAGUGUGUGCCUGUAAUCUGAAGGUACUAAUAGUCAUCAAAUAUGACAAUGUUUUCUUAUCUUCAAGACCACCUAUCCAUAGAAUCUAGGACAAUGGCUCACACACAGUGGAGCUCAGUAAAUAUUUGUUGCAUUGAGUUAACCUGAACUCAGGACCCCAUUCGACAGUCUGUAAGCCAAAAGUUGCUAUUGGUGACAUGCUCAGUAACAUGCUGUGCUUUGAAAAUAGAAAACAUUGCUUUUUCUCAAACCCGUAGACAAUCAUCUUAAGCUCAAAGACUUCUGUUCAUUUAUGAUGAUUCUUGUGUACAGAUGUAUAAAACUGAGGGAACCAUCAUAUGCAUCUCCAGAAAUGUGUUUUAUUAUGAGAUGAGAAGCAAGUCAAGGAGCGCCUGUUUUUCCUUCCUCUGAGAACUGGUCCCCCCCCCCCCACCUCCCCGUACUCAUUUCCAUCCUCUUCAACAGGAAUUUAGCAGCCAGAGUUUAUGGUCGAAAUCCUAUCCACAUAAGUUCCUCCGGACACUGAAUCAUCAGCACAAUGCUUUGGAACCACUCUGGUCUUCUUUACUAAGUUCAACCUUUCUGUCAACAACAAAAUGUGGAAAGGACACAAUGUUUCCGUACUCCUUCCACAACCAAAUUACCUCCUACCGGAACUAGAAAAUGUGUGUCGCUGUGAAUUUCCAUCUACUACAGCUACUCGCCGCCGGGCAGCGCCGGGGUCUCGCACACAAAGGGGGAGAGCGGGGCGUGGGGAGGCGGCAAGGCGUCGCGGCUCCGCCCGGCCAGGCCAUGUCCGCCCGAGCAGCCAUCCCGGGAGUGGGGACCAGGAGCGGGCUCAACUUGGGGCUCGGGAUAUCUGAAUGCCACGGAAACUGCGAUCCUACCCAAACGAGUCAGGGGGAGAGGAGCCGAGGGCGUGCGCGAGCUGAGUGAGUGCUUACGUCGCAGCGAGAUCUGUGCCGGGGUAAUUAGAGAGGAGUUAGGCUGAGCCGCGUCCUCUUUGAGCAGCGGCCGCCGCAGCCGCCGCAGCAGCAGCCCGGAGGGGCGCGCCCGACUGCGGCCGCCGGGGAGCGCCCAGGGUGAGGCCCGCGCCCCGCAGCGGCCGCCCCGCCGCGCCCACGGUCCCGGCGGCUCCGGGCGCGCAAAGGCGGCGGCUACCCGCGUGGCCUUCUCCAUCCAGGCGUGCGAUUCUCGCUCCCUUCCUUCUCCUCUCCCGACGGCGAGGAUGGCAGGGCCGGGCGAGAACCUGGGGCACCGGUGGCCCUAGCUCUGCUCCCCCCCCAACCCCUCCUGCGGGGAGAGAAAGCGGGCUGCUCGCGGACGAUGUGGUCAGGGCUGCUCCCCAGAGCGUCUUCUGCCCGGGUCCCAGCUGCCGUUCCUCUUCUCCGCUCGCUGCGACCCACCGAGAGGAGCUGAUGCCGCUGUCGCCGCCGCCGCCGCCUCCGAAGCCGCGGCCGAUGGAUGCCAGGCAGGGCCGCCUUGCUUAGCGUCCCCGCCUCCGGGUUUGCUGACGCGCUCUCCCCCGCCCUGAGCUCCGCGCUGAAGAGCCGCCUUAUUAUUAAUCAGAAUCUCCAUCGUUAUCCCUGGCAGGAGCAUCCUUCAGUAGGGACCGCAGAAGCAUCACAGUGCUGGGGCUGAGAUGUGCGUGGGGGCUUUUUCUGUUACAUCUCGGAAGAGAAGAGGACAGCACCAAGAUCAGCACCACCCGUGCGGGGUGCAAUUAGGGGUGUUUUGUUAGGAGAGAGAAAGGACAAGAAGAGGAGUGCUGGGCCGCCAGAGGUCCACAUCUCUUUGAAGGAAAGGGACAAGGGAACUAAAGUGGGACGUUGUUUUUAGGGGGUGGGCAAAGAAGUUUAUAUCCUUCAUAGAAAAGGUGUGGGGAAGCAGGAGCAACAGGGUACUUGAUUGGACACCAAGACAAAUCGUUUCCCGUAAAGAAGAGGAAGCAGGCAGCAACGAGGUCUGGAGGCCGGCCGUGUGGUAGUGACCAGGGCCAACGGUGCGGUGGGACAGCCAGCGAGAGAAAGGCAGGGCUCGGGAACAAGCAGAACAAUGACUCAUUUACAGGCUGGUCUCUCUCCUGAGACCCUGGAGAAAGCCCGCCUGGAGCUCAAUGAGAACCCAGACACACUGCACCAGGACAUCCAGGAGGUGAGGGAUAUGGUCAUCACCAGGCCGGACAUUGGCUUUCUCCGCACAGAUGAUGCCUUCAUCUUACGCUUCUUGCGGGCCAGGAAGUUUCAUCACUUCGAGGCUUUCCGCCUCCUGGCCCAGUACUUUGAGUACCGGCAGCAGAACCUGGACAUGUUCAAAAGCUUCAAGGCCACUGAUCCUGGCAUCAAGCAGGCCCUGAAGGAUGGCUUCCCUGGGGGCCUAGCCAAUCUGGACCACUAUGGCAGGAAGAUUCUAGUCCUUUUCGCUGCCAACUGGGAUCAGAGCAGGUACACACUGGUGGAUAUUUUGCGUGCCAUCUUACUUUCUUUAGAAGCCAUGAUUGAAGAUCCUGAGCUUCAAGUGAACGGAUUUGUUUUGAUCAUAGACUGGAGUAACUUCACCUUCAAGCAAGCCUCUAAACUUACACCAAGCAUGCUGCGCUUGGCUAUCGAAGGCCUUCAGGAUAGUUUCCCAGCACGAUUUGGAGGAAUUCAUUUUGUCAACCAACCAUGGUAUAUCCAUGCCCUGUAUACCGUGAUCCGGCCUUUCCUGAAGGAGAAGACUCGGAAAAGGAUAUUUUUGCACGGUAACAACCUGAACAGUCUACACCAACUGAUUCAUCCUGAGAUUUUGCCCUCUGAGUUUGGGGGAAUGCUCCCCCCUUAUGAUAUGGGAACCUGGGCAAGAACACUGCUAGACCAUGAGUAUGAUGACGACAGUGAAUACGGUGUGGACUCCUACAGCUUGCCUGUGAAGGAGGUAGAGAAGGAACUCUCCCCCAAGUCCAUGAAGAGAUCCCAAUCAGUUGUGGAUCCUACAGUGCUAAAACGCAUGGAUAAAAACGAGGAAGAAAACAUGCAACCUUUGCUCUCUCUGGACUGAUAACUUCUCUACCCUCCCCAUGGAUUAGAAAUGGAAGGUACUUGUUUUCAGCACCAGGGCCAGCGCUGUGGAGGAAUUACCAGCUGGAAAUUUAUUUAUUCAUGUUAAUGUAGCAUAAUAUAUAAGACAUCAGGCUUUCCCAUUUGCCUGAACCAUGGGUGCCCUGGUCUGGAUUUUUUUUAAAAAGUCAAUAAUUUAUUCUGUAAGUGCCAAGUUCUUUGUAAAUACAAUGUACUCUUCACGUCAAGUUUGUAAAUUUUGGUAGUAACUUAAAUUGGAAGAUUGGCUUAUGAGUCUAUGCCAGUGAUAUGAACUAUAACAAGAACAGAAAAGACACAUAAACAAUCAAAGCUAAUUAAAUGUAGCCCUGUUUCCUAUGAAGCCAUAUUUCAGCUAUCAUAGUGAUUGUUUCGUUGUUUUUCUCUGAAACUCUGUCGUACUCAAAUGUACAUUUAAUGGGCACAGGGAACUAGAUGAUUCUAGGAAAUUAUUAUGAUAAAUGUAUUAACUGUCUAGUGAUUUUCAGUUCACAGAAAACGUACCCUGGUGACUAUCACUGGCCUUGCAUUUGGAAGACAAGAAAUGGCAAAUGACCUGGUAAAUUCAACACUUGAACUCUUCUAUGUUGUUUAAUUCCUGGAGUCUUGUGAAAAAAUAUGUUCCCCAAAUUAAGAUGUGGAUUUCUGAAAGAGAGUGGAUUCUUCUUAAACUGCUGUCUUCACAAUGUGUCCUUUAUUCCAGACCCCAUUUUAUCCCUGUCUGAUGUACUUUAAGAAACUUUUCCCCCCAAAACUCUUUGACCAAGAGAAAGAGAACUCAUACAUGAAUAGUGUUUGACAGCUAAUUUUGAACAUAAAAGUUGCCAAGUACCAAUAAGGGGCUAAUUUCUAAUUCUUGUGCACUGGUUGAAAAAAUAUAUAUAUUCACACACACGUAUAUAUUUUUACUGAGCUCUAAUAAAUCCUUGAUGUGACAGGCUUACAGAAUAAAUCACACAUAUUCAAUGGUCUUAGAGAUGUUAUAGAUUAUUGUAUGCAAUGCUAACUCUGGAAAACCACUUCCACUAAAGUUAAUGAAAAUGAGGUAUAGUAAAACAGACUUUCAGUGAACUUAUUUAAGGGAAUUCAAUUUAAUUUGUAAUGCAAUCUUGACUCUGCCAUUUUAGUGAAAUAUAUUUUUUCUUCAAAAAAACAACAGGUAUCAACAAAGGCAGUAGGCAGUAUCAGGUGAUGGAGGGUAAUAUUGUUUUCCCCAAAUUCAAGUUAAUUUUCCUAAUGAUCCAGUAAGUACACAUUUUCUUCUCAGAAAAGAUUUUAAGAGCAUAUUGCAUCCAGGAGAGAUAAUGAAAUCUUCUGAGGACGUCUGAGAUACUAUAUUAUAGUAUAAAUCUAGAUUUGGAAUCCUUAUGUUAAAGUUUUCAUUUCAUAAAAAUUCUGCAAUGAUAGCACAUUUUAAAAAUUUAACUUUAAAUUUCAAAUUCUAGUGUGAAAAAGCAAGAUUUUUACCACAUUUUCAGAGUGGUAAUUUUUGAGACUAAGGAUUUAACAUUAAAAUAUUCUUUUGAAAGAAAAAUAUCUCAAGGAACUUUUGGAAACCAACAAAUAAAGGCAUGUAGCAGCGUUCAUAUACUUCUUAGUCAAAAGCUUUAAAAAGUCCAGUUCUAAUUCUACAGCCAAGAAUCUUAAAAUGAAGAUCAGUACACGAUUCUACAGUGUCACCAAUGGACUGUCUAGUAUUUGUAAAAAUACAUAAAUAUACAUAAAAAAUAUGAAUAAAAUAUACCUUAAAAAUGCUGACCUCCAAUCAAAUGCAGAAGAAUAAUGACUGUCGGUCCUCUGCUCCACCCAUAAAUAGUACAGAGAUUGGAAUGCACUGGAAUAAAAAGCCACAGCAACUCUUAAUCUAAGAACCCUAACCAAUGGUGUUCUUACAUUUUUGCCAACUUGACAUACAUUUUUUAGCGUUGGGCUUUAUAUACUAUACAAGCAAGUGUUAGACAAUAUGAUGCAUUGGAAUAAAAUGGAAACAAAGUAAGUACAGAAGGCCAGUCAACUUUUCAUUUUCAUGAGUUUCAAUUGAUAUGCACCAUUUAUUGCCAAUUUUCAGAAUUCUACCAGCUUCAGAUGUCAGCCAGCAUAGCCAGCUUUUUUCCCCCCUUGUCAUAGGCUAGUGUCAUAUACAAAAAUAACUUGGAAGGCAUAUUUUCUGUGUAUACCUACCCACUUAUAAGUUAUCAUUCACACUCUCUCCCUACCCCACAUUUGGAAACUGCAUUGGCAUUGCUGCUUGACUGCUCUUCUUCAAAUGAGCAAUUGAGAGUUGGCUGGAUUGUGUAAAAUAUUUUUAAAUGAAUGAACAAAUUACAACAAUGAUGUGUUUUGAAAUUGCUGUAUCUAGUUCGGUCUGCCUAUGUCUUUUCAGUCUGGAAAAAAAAUUUCCAGUAAUGUUUUUGAAGCUGCUUAGAGAACAUUUGAUCAGCUUUAUGAAUUUUCCCCUCAGCACCAGCUAACUAACACUGUUUAGGAAUUUUCUUUUUCCUCAUGUCAUUUUCUGUGUUAUGUAGCUAUGUCUACUGUUACAUAACAUAGUAAAUAAGCACCCUUAUAUUCUUUCGAUUUAAUUGAGAUAGUACUUCCCCACUCACACAUACACACGAACACAGUACAUCCCCACUCACAUAUACACACGAACACUACACUGUUUGCUCUAAUGAUUUGCCUCUCUAUUUUGAGAGCUAUGCUUUUCUUUUUCAGUUAUCUUGUUACUUAAAAUUUGUAGGCAUCAAAGAAUUACCACGUUUGAUUUGGAAUAGGCCCAUAGUUUGUUUACUUCCCUCACUUAGCCUGCCUUACCUUCUAUUUCUUGUAUCAUUUCUUUUCUCCAGUGUUUCAGGGGCAGCUGCUUCCAAAGCUGGUUUAAAAAUAAGUAACUUCCUUAUGUUGUCAGUGAUAUUUGCACACAUUUUUGACUGAUAUUUUAAAAGGAAGAGAUUAUCAUAAAAAUAUAUUCUAAGAAAUAUGAAGAAGUGCCUCUUUAAAAAAUGGAAUAAAGCAGUGAUACUAGAAUAUGGAUUCUAUUUGUUCUCUCUUCCAAAAAGUAAAUACAUGCGUCUAUUAUAUUAUAAGGGUGAAAUAUAGCUAUAAUUUGAAGAAGGAUAUUUGAGGUCUUGCUUUGAGUAUUCUCGUAUAGUAUUGUCUUUAUUGUGUAAGUUCAAUACGGUAACUUCAACAUGUUACUGACAAAUAUGGCACUAUGCUAAAACAAUAUACAAAUAUUAAAUUGAGUGUUGCAAGCAAGUUUUUGAAGUGCAUGCAUGAUUACUUUUAUUUCAUUAAUAGUUUGCAUAAGUGUAGGCAGAGACAUUCCUUAAGUGUUUUCAUAUAAAAUGCUUGUUUACUUUACAGUACUGAAAAUUCAUACAUUCAUAAGCAAGAAAGCCAAGCAGCUGGGUUCUCUUUAAUAUUAACUAGGUCACAUUGUUAAAUUAAACAUUUGAAGUUUCCAUAAUAUUCCUGAGGGAACAGAGGUCCCUCUAAUGCAUCAAGAUAAUGCAGAAUUGUUUUAAACAUCAAGAAACAUGUUUACUACUCUUCACAAAAAGAAACUUUUAGAGCUAUGGCAGUGUGUCUUCAGGAACAGACUUCCUUUUCAUCUACAAAUAACCCAAAAGCAUAUGGACAUGCUUAUGGUCCUUUAAAGAAGUUAUAUCAGGAAAACCUGCUGAAAGGUUGUACAAUCUUCUGUUAUUUUAUCUAAGCAUCUAGCUGGUUUGGUUGGUUAAUAAUUUCUUUUGCUUCUUAUUUGGUGUGUAUUUAUUAAUGAUUACUUGAAAAAUUGCCACCAGUUAUGAGGACAUUUCAGAAUGACUUUCAACACAAAAAAUAAAAGGAGCAGAGCUCUGGCAUGAUGUGUGAACUUUCAGAUAUGGUGUUUAUAUUUUUUGCAUCCAUCAGCUAAUAGGCAAAUGUUCCAUUUUAUAUGUGCUAUAUAGCUAUAUAGCCUAAGAAAUAGUGAUACAUUUUAAAUUUAUGAGGCUGUUAGAUGGUGUAAGAAUCAGCAGAUUAUCUAAAAUAUAUUGGAACAAACGUAGAGGAUUGGCUAAAUAUCCAGUGUGUGUGCAAUUAUCUUUAGUAGUGAAAAGCAUUUUGUUUUGUUUUGUUUUAGUUGAAAAAACUGUUUUCCAAUAUGCUAUUGGAACUAGUUAGCACUAUUACUAUUUGAAAGGGAGAAAAUAAUAAAUACAUAAGGAGGCUUGGCUUUGAAACAUUAUUAUAUCACUUUAAAGGCUUAAAGCAUAUAAUUUUUUUCAUGAAUUGAAGUUUUUAUUUAGUAAAUAUCCAUAGAUUAGCCCGGCACAUGGACAUAAUACUAUGGAACCUAUUCUGCGCUGAGCAUGGGAAUUUAUUCCCCUGUACUGUAGGAGAAAAAUAUGAAAUAACAAUGCACUGGACUGAAACACUCAAGUUGUACUAUUUUUUUUAAAGGCGUGCAAAUGAUACUGUUGAAAUAAAAAAAUAAUUAGAAAACAAAUAAGCAUAGGUCUUAAAUACAAUAAAUGCACUUUUAUAGUAAAUAGUGGACAUUGUUACAAUUCAGGUGUUUGGUCAGUCAGUAUUUGACUUAGUUUCAAAUUUCACGCAAAUAUUUUUUUCCUUAAUGAUAUCAAUGCAUUUAUUCUGUUAAAAUUAGUUCCAGUAGUGAAUGAGAGGGACCUAGAUAAGAAGUGAACAAACCCUAAACCAUAUUAAAAAAUUGCAAUGCAUUAUAAUUGGUUAUAUAUAACAGAGGUUCAAAGCUUUGUCUUGUUCUUAAUUCAGUUUUUCAGUUUUCAUAUUUGUGUUAAAGAUAAAUAAAACCCCCCAAACUAAGUAGUUUUUAUUUUCAAAACAGAUUAAAUAAGAUGUCUAAGAGGUAAUUAUACAAGUCUUUGAUAAGAAUACUGAGCACAUGUUUACUAUUUGGCUCAACUACCUUUGACCUUUUGAGGGAAUUGUUUACUCCAAUACAAUAUUACAAAUGAGGUAAUGUAAUUUUGAAUAAAUAUACAUUUCUGCUUUAAAAAAGCCUUUAUUUUGCAUAAAGUAGAUGUUGAAUUUUGUAGUAUGGAUCUUUGCAUCUGUGAAAUGGAGAUUUCUAAAAUGUCAUCUAAAAAUGAGCAACAGUAACUUUAUUUUGAGAGAAAUUGUGGUUAGCUAUUUUGGUUAGGACACCUGAAAUUUUCUGAUACUUGUAUGUUUGGGGCUAAAGGGAAAAACACAAUUCAUUUCAUCAAAAUUACAUUUUCAAUAGUCUAUAACUUCUAGACAAGCCUUCAAAGGAGAGCUUGAAUGAAGAAGUAAGUUAACUUUUAAGUUGCAUGGAGCAAUGGGAAUGAUCAAUAAGUAAAAUAACUAACAUUUUCACAUUUUCAUGUAAUGAUAUUAGAUUAGACAAAGAACUAAAUUCAGAAAUUUGAAUUAUAAAAAACAUUGAUUUAAAUUCUAUAAAAAUAAUUAAGUAAAAUUAAAAAAUAUUAAGUAAAAUUUAAAAAAAUUCAGCCUGACUUGAAAAAAAAUGCUUACUUAAUAAAUAUACAUUUGUAUCUUCUGCGAGUUUUCCUCGUUUAUCUUACCUGUGGAUGAAAAACCAUCUAUGGAGGGGCCAGAGACACCUAACUAGAAUCCUCUAUAAUUGAUUUCAUGACUUUCUUUAGCUCAAACGCAGAUGAUUUUCCUGUGCACAGCUUUUGAGGUUAUCAAGUCUCGUUAUUGCCGCCUCUUUCUAAAGCUCUGUCAGGAGGAGCCCAAGUUUCUAGCAGCUACUGCAGAAGCAUCCUGAGUAGGAAUAAAACAAGGGCAACCAGACAAUACACAAAAAGCCAGAGAUAUGGUCUGCACUCCUUGUCACUUAAAAGCGCAUUAAACUGUAUUACUAAUUCUAAAUACAGAAAAUGAUUUCAAAAUGUCAAGGCUUUCUGAUAUCAAGAGUUAAACAUUCUUAGCCCAAGAACAGAGGCCAUGGGGACAUGAUGGGCAGGGCUCUGGUGUGUAGUCUGUCUGCACACAGCAGCACCACCAAAACCCUUAUCUCUAAGUAUCACUUUUCUCUAAAAAUAAAAUAUGCUCUUAUUCCCUUUUUUCUAACUGGAAACAUAAAAGUAUCAGUUGGGAACCAUAAAUGCUUAGUUGUCUUUUAAGAAAAAAAUGCUACGUUAUACCCACAUAAUCACAACCCACUCAGUUGCAUAGGACUAAAAUAUUUGCAUCCUGAUUUAUAAAUCCUUCCUAAAAAUUUAAAAACAUAUAUAAUAAGACUUUAUUGCUAGAAAAUUAUUAAAUGUUCUUUGUAUCUGGGAUUCGUGGGGAAGACUGGUAAUAUCCUUUCUGUUGAAUUCAUAUAUCUAAACAUUUUAUUUGGCUGUUUAACGGACAUCUCACAUUUAACAUUUACAAAACCAAACUUCUCUAUCCUGAACCUGUUUCCUCUUUAUAACCUUACCAUCUCACUAAGAGUCAACCCUAACCUUCUAGUUUCUAGGGCUUAAAACAUUAUAGUCAUCCUAUCUCUCCUCUCUUGAUCUCAAAACCACAUCCAAUCUGUUAGCUCAUACUUUUAGCUCCUUUUCAAAGUAUGGUAUCCACACUCUGACCACUUCUCUAACCUUCAUCAUCAGUACCUUGCUCCAAGAUUUCAUUUUCCACCUGGAACAGUUUAAUAAUCUGAAAACUAGUCUCCUUGCUUCUGCCCUUGCCCCCUAGAGCUAAUUUAUAACACAUUAGUGAGGGUGAGCUCAGAUGAUUUCAUUCUUCUCAAAACUCUCUGCAAGAGUAAAAACCACAGUCCUUAUAACGAUGUUUGAGGAGGAUUGAUACGAAGUUUGUAAGCACCAGUAUAACAGAAGAGCAUAUUUUCUGAUUGGGCUGGCAUCUUUACCUGUACGAUGCGAAUGUAAUUGUCAAGUAAUUUCUUGCUUCUAAAGUUCUAGACACUAUACCCUCUCACCCCUGACCUUGACUUUUCUUAGAUCAUCUCUUAAGCUUUCAUCUACUCUUUAUUGUCUUGCUAAACUCUCAUCCUUGAGCUUCCAGGAAAUUGCCAAGCAUUCCUCCACCUCAGAACUUUUACUCUCUGUUCCUUCUGCCUCUUUCCCCCAGAUAUCCCCGUAGCUUAUUCCCUCAUCUCCUUCAGAUCUUUGCUCAAAUGACACCUUCUUAGAACUCUCUGGAUUUCCCUAUUUAAAAUCACAUGGCCCUGUGGUUCUUCACGUAUUGUUUUCUGCUCUAUUUCUUCUCCAUAGCUUUUAUCACCUUCUAAUACAUCAUAAAGCUUAUUUAUUUUGUUCACUUUGCAUUUUCCCCUAAUGGAAUAUGAACUCCACACAGGCAGAGACUUGUGUCUGUCUUGUUUACUGUUGUAUUACCAGUGCCUUGAAUAGUGACUGGAAUUUAGUAGCAAAUCCAAAAAGACUGCAUGAAUAUCUUAAGUUGUUUCAGCAAGUUAUGUAUUAGCCAGUAGUAUACAUUUAAGGAGAGUCCUUUUUUCCUUAAUAAGAAAUAUUUUUUUAAAACUCAUCAUCAAAGUGGGAAGUUUUACCUCUCUGAUGAUGAUGGAAUCAUGAGCCGAGAAUUCUCUUCCCCUUUCUCCCAAAUCUGGUCUCUACUCCAGGGCCUAAAUUUUACAUAACUGUUUGAGCUUUAUCUUUGGAAGUCACCCUAAGAUCAUUAGAUGUUGUGUCUGUAUAUUCUUGGCUUAUAUUUACACCUAGAGAGACUACAAGAUACCUCAGAUGAAAAGUCAUUUUGAGCUCAAAACCAUAGUAAAUUGUUCUUUGUUGAUUACCCUAGUUAAUUCCAAUUUUUAAAAAUUGCAGGAAAUUAAAAGACCAUAGUUCUUCCACUAUGGAAGACAGAUCAAGAGAAUAUGCCUAUAUACUUACUUUUACUGGAAAUGAGAGGGAAAAGAGAGGGAAGAAGGAAAGAGAUUAUGAUCACCCUUUCUCUGAAACAAUUAUAAAUGAGGAAGUUUUUUGGUGUUUCUAAGAGCUUCCCAUGAUCUAGAAAUCUAUAUUAUUACAACUACUUAGUCCAUGAGCCCUCUUAACAGAAGUCUUAUAUCAAAUGAGUUUUAUAUUUGAUAUCUUUACAUAUUUCUUAUACUCCUGACACCACAUGACAGGAAUUGAUCAAGCUCAUAUAGUCUAACUAGCUUUCCAACUUUCUCCCUUCUCUGUACUUUACUUGCAGGUAUCAUUUUCUGAACUUUACAAUCACAUUUUUUUUUUUGUCCUUAACUAUCCGCAUAUUUUUUUUUUUAUAAUUUGGACACACCCAUAAUUUUAGUAACCGAAUAUCUUAGAUAUUGAUUCUUGGUGUGACAAGUUUCUGAUUUUUAUCCUUUGCAGUUUAUCUUUUUGUUCUUGCUAAACCUAUGCUAUUCCUUUUCCCCCACUACACUUUUGUGCCUUUCCCUACAUUGUAAUAAUUCAAUCCUCCAGUUUUAUAAUUUCCUACCAGGACUUCUAUUAAGAAGACACUGAAAAUAAAGGAUUGACAGGUGGUAUUGAAGAAGGAACUAUAACUUGAAAAAUAAGGAUAGAUGCUUGAAAGUGUUUUCAGAAGACAACCAGUCUUUAGUGACUUUGUGAUGUAUAGUAUGUACAUUGGUACUCAGUAAUGAUCAUGUUUCUUGUCAGUUGCAUAAAUAUAUUGCAGUCAGUGUUAAUGGAUAGUUUGGAAAACCUUCUUCUAUAGAGAAGAGAUUAAAUGGCUCUUGCUCAGAAACAAGGCAGGAUUUUCUUGUAUUUCUAUCCUUGACAGUCUGUACAGUAGAAGCCAUUUGCCUCUGUGGCAACAUUUUUUGCCAAUCUUCAAGAAUGUGUUUAGCACCACUUCAGAAAUAAAGGAUUCAAGCUCAAGUAUGCACAGUACAUGGAAGAUACUGUAAUUCAUGUUAUCUUUUACUCAAUUUUAUUUUUUUCAUGAAUUAUUUUUAUGAUUGAAUCCUAACAAUAUGUUCUUUGAUAAAUUUAUUCAUUAUAUCCACUUUUUAAUGGACUUAGAAAUUUUACAAAAUAGGUCACUGUUUAUUAUAUUCUUAAACCCAUAGUAUCCAUGUUUCAUUUAAUGUCUAGAUUAUUCAUGUCUGUUGAUUUCUAAGGACAAAUGAAUUUCUGUUAAAUAAAGUGUCGCUAAAUGAAAUUUCAGAUUCUAAAAUGUGGAUGUGUGUAUAUGCCCUUUCAAUCUUUUCGUCAUAAGCUAAAUUCCUUUAAAUUUAGAAGACAUCGUAUCAAAUAGCUAUGAAUAACUUUGUCAUUAAAAAUGGAGACAUAUGAAAUUGGUGUUAGUAUUUAGAAGUAUAAAAUACUUUUAAAGGGACGCUAAACAUUUGUGGGCAUAUUGUAAUGUUAUUUUGAAUUUAUUGUUGACUUGACACAAUAUAUUUGAUGAGAUUGUUAUAAACAACAAAUCACUAGAAAGAACUUAGUGACUUCUGGAAUGACAGAAUGGUGAUCCAAACCAGUGUCAGCUGUAAAGUCCUCCCCUUGAAGCAGUGGAAUGGACUGGGUGAUGAUUUCAGUUUAUUUCAUUUUUAACAUUAACAAACAUUAAUUGAGCACUUAUUCUGUCCCAGGUACUGUUCUAAGCUCCAGAGGUACAGGAGUAAACAAAAGCAAGACUUUGUCUUUAUGAAAGUCUUAUUCUGGUGGAGAAGACAUGCAAAAAGUAGAUAAGAAAAAUUAUAUACUGUCAGGUAGUAGUGUAAGUACAAUGAAGACUUAUUAGUUUAAUUUGUGUGACCUCUGGCACUCUGUUUCCUCACCUGUGAAAUGGGACAAUACUUGUACUAAAAACAUGAGCUAGAUCUUGUUAGAAAUCCUCUUGUUAAUCUGGCCCCUUACCUUUCAUGGAAAAAUACAAUAUAAUCUAUCCUUCUCCAUGCUAUUUUGGGGCUGGCUAUCAGGAUUCUUCAGUUCCUUCAUUUCUGCUCAGCACUGGCAGUGGUUGCCAGGGCUGCAGAUGCUCACAGAAAAUGAAUCUUACAACCUGCGUUUCAGGGUCAUCCAGAGGUACCAGCUCCUGCCUAGUUUUGUCCCUUUUAAGGUAAAUUCCAUACUGCUUUAAUUUAUUAUAUGUGAAAAAUAAACAUCAAUUUUCAUCAGAAAAGAAGACAAAAAGAACGAAAGAUAAAUGAGCCCUGAUAGACAGCACAAUUUAAUCUUUCCAUUUAAUCUGUUAUUUUCCCUUAUCCACAGGGAGAACCACAAACCCAUGGUUUUCCUGAAAAGGUUUGGGUGGUAUUCUAUGUAUCAGUAUCACAGUUAAAGGGAGCUCCGACCAUUGUAGAUCCAGAGGUGUUAAUUUAGGUAGAAUUAAAAGGAUUACUUCCUGCUGGUACGUGAAACUUAGAAGUUUUGCUUUUUAUACAGUAGUCAUAUUAUAAAAUACUCAGAGAAACUUGUGAGAAAGUUUGGACAAAGUACAAGACACCAUGAAUAUAGAUUAUAACUCAUCUCGGAGGAGCCGUGAGCAAAUAAAAGUUUCACUUAUGAAAUAGAGAGAAAAACAGCAAAUGACUUCCAUCUUAGGGAAACAUAGGGCUUCUCUAUUUCUGUUCAUACAGAAAAAUCACUAAAGGAAAGUGUCUGUAUUAAGGCAGGCUAGAUGCCAUGUUAGUUAACUAGUAGAAAAAUUGAGUCUUCUUUCACAUACUGACUUUCAUAAAGGAAUAUUUCAGACCACCAACAGUUGAUUCAUUAAAUUUAUGGGAAAAAAACAUAAUCUAUUAUAAUCAUAAUAAAACAUCCUGUUUUUGAAAGCAGGAAAGUAUUACCUAUUUUUGUGAGCUGAUGUGUUUCUGAAGUCUUUAUAAAUUUAUUUCCCUCAUUGAUUAUAUACUAAAGAUUUUAGCCAGUCUCUAGAAAAAAAUAGUGGUUUUUAAACAACUUACAUACUAAAAGGUAUUUGAAAGCAAUUUUUCUAGUGCAAAGAAUUUUAAACUUUAUUUUGCCACAGUGGCUCUUUUGUCAUUUAAUGGAUAUUAUAAACAAGUUUUAACAAACUUUUCUCAAAAAUAGUAAAACAAAUUAUAGAUGUAAUUCAAGACUUUAAAAAAAUCUAAGAAUCUGUAGCAUACAUAUUUUUAACUUGGAACGAUUAUGAGGAUAUUUGGUAAUUAUUCAAUAUAUUUGAUUAAUGAAGAUUGUCAAACAGACAGAUGUUAACACCUAAGGAAAAAAGCAAAACAAGCUUUCUUAUUAUACCUCAGUCAUGGCCCUCCUCACCACAAUCAAAAACUACCUCUCUUUUUGUUUUCCUUGAGAAUAAUAGAUGCUACUGCUAGAAGAUCCUUCAGAGAUUAAGUAAUCCAAAUUGCUCAUUUUAUUAGUAUAUAAAUGGAAACCUAUAAGGUCUGUCUUGCUAGAAGUCACACAACUAAUUAAGGGAAAUGCUGGUACUAGAAUGAAGAUUCAACCAAUUUGGUGAUACUUUUGUUGCUUUUAAUAACUUCUUCCUUGCUCUCCUAACCCUUUUCUAUUAAACUCUCUUCUCUUGCAUAUGUCCCCAUUUCAUUUUUUUCAUUUUUUCCCCCAUACCAUUUACUGUGCUUGGAAUUCUCCACCAGUAUUAUAUUAGGUAAAACAUCUACUAACACUAAGAGCACAAUAUUCAGGGAUAUUAAAAUUAGAAACAGACUGUACAUAUCCACUAUGCGCAGCCUUUGAAAGGAUCUUAACAAUCAGUAGAUGUGGCAUAAGCCCAGUCCUGCAGGAAGAUGGAACUUUAUCAGGCCUAUGACUAAGAAAACAAUAGUCAGUCAAUGAAGCCAACUAUAUUGUGUUUAGAAACAUGUGUUCCUUGAUUUCAAGAAGAAAAUGGGAUGGGGAGCAGCUCAGCACAACUACUCAACUUAACUCUUGACUAUCGUCUCUACAUUUGUCAACGAUUAAAGGCAAAUCAAAGGCCAGGAGGUUGGUGACUUUUUCUAUCAUGAUGGCUGCCAAUCAACUAUGGGAGAGCUGUGGUACUGUUUCGGAGAGAGCUUCCCACAGGCAUUUCCCCUAUUGUGUUACCUUAUUGUGAGCUUGUCUCAUAGGAUUUGCUAUAGGAAUUUUAUGGGCUGGUAUCUUUCACAGAUUGGAUUUUCUCAAAUCUUAAGGAAAAAAUUGGAGAGAACUAUAGAUCUUAACAAAUUGGUUAAUCUAAGUGUUCAAAAAUAUUUAAUUCAUUUCACUAAAAAGGAGUAAAAAGGUUCUGUAUCAGAUUUUAUCUGAGAUUAUCUCAGCAUUGCUAUUGUUAAGUUUGGAAAAUGGUGGCUUUGGAGUUACUUGGCCAUUAUCAUUUUAUCUGACUUUUUAACUGCAUUUUAAUAUUUUUUUAAAUAAUGUGUGAAAAUAUGGUAUUAGACCCAUACUGAGAACAUAAAUGUUACACAGAGUCAACUAUCUUAAAAUAAUGCACUUUAAAAAACCCAUAGUACUUAUAAUACUAUUGUAUUCUAAGUUGGGAGUAAUCUAAUUUAAAUAUAUUUCUCUUUGGGAAACAGAAUUAUAAUUAAAAACAGCAUAGCUUCAUACAGCAUACCACAUAUUAUGAUAAAUUUCAAAUGCAAGCCCUUUAAAAGUCAAAAGACAAAGGACAAAUUGGGAAAAUUUUUCAACUCAUAUCACAGAUAUAGAGCUAAGUUCUCAUGUAUUAAAAGGUUUCUAGAAAUUGAUGAGAAAAAGAAAAACCCAAUAGAAACAUGGGCAGCUGAUAUAAACAUAUGGUUCACAGAAAAGAAAACACAGUAUCUCUAAAAAUAUGAAAAGAUCCUGUACCAUGCUCAAAAUGAGAGAAAUAAAAAUUCAGUGGAGCAGUUUCAUAGCACACUCUCUUUUGAGGAGGCUGUGGGGAAAUAAGUUCUUCCUCACAUUGCUUUCAUGAUGGAUGACAGUUUGGCAAUAUCUAUCAAAACUACAAAAGGAAGUGUACUUUGACUCAGCCAUUCCACUUUUGGGAAUUUAUCCUUCAAACAUACUUGCAUACAUGAGAAAUAUUUCAUAGGAUAUAUUCAAAUGUAUUUCCAAGGAUAUUCAUAGGAUAAUUGUUUGCAAGAACAAAAAAAUUGGAAGAAAAAAUGUUUAAAAAUAUAUGCUGUAUCCAUAGAAAGGAUACUAUACAGGUCUGAUAUAAUCUGCUUAAAUAAACCAGAAUACUAUACAAACCUAAAAAUAAUGAGGAAACACUUUAUGUACUAAAAUAGAAAGAUCUCUAAGAUACAUUGUUCAGAAAAACAGCAAGGUACAGAAUAUUGUACAGAAUAUGUUAUAGUUAAUGUAAAAAAGUGGGGAAGGGAAUAAAAUAAAUAUACAUAUUUGCUUGUAUAUUAAGGAAAUGCAGAAAAAUACAAAGGAAUUAAUAACAUUUGUUGUCUGUUGGGGGAGAUGGAAAUUGGGUAGAUUGAGCAAGGGUGGGAAGGAAAUUUGCACUUUUCACCUUUCCAUUUUUUUUAAUUGAACUUUGUGCAUGUAUUAUUUAUUGAAAAAUCAAAUAAAAACUUAAGAAAUUGUUAUUGUCUUAAGCCAUUCUGACAUUGCUAAUAGUUUAAAAGUUUGUAGUAUAUAUACGGAAUAACAGAAGGAGUACCCAUAUAUCCAUACCUCGGCUUAAGAUAUAGACCAUUACCAAUAGUUUUAAAUCCUCCUUCACGUCUCUACAUGAUGCCAUCUGAUUCCACUUAAAGAUAGCUAUCCCAAAUUAUGUUGAUUAUUAAUUUUAUUUUCUCUAUAGUUUUACCACUUAUGAGUAGAUCUCUGAAAAAUUUAGCAUUGCAAAGAGCAAGAUUGGAUUUUCUCUUCUUUGAAUGGCAAACUCAGUUAAAAUUAUCUGGGACUGGUAUUUUCCUUAUGUAAAUAUUUAUACCCUUAAUAGCACAUCCUCAAUGAUUUCAGGACUAUUACAAUUUUCAGUUUCUAGUUGAGUUGGUUUAGGCUAUUGUACAGGCAUACCUCAUCUUAUUGUGCUUUUCUUUAUUAUGCUUUGCAGAUAUUGUGUUUUCUUACAAAUUGAAGGUUUGUGUCAGUCGUGCCUGGAGCAAGUCUAUUGGCUGCAUUUUUCCAACAACAUUGUCUUACUUUGUAUCUCUGUGUCACAUUUUGGUAAUUCUUGCAAUAUUUCAAACAUUUUCAUUAUUAUUAUAUGUGUUAUAGUGCUCUGUGAUCAGUGAUCUUUGAUGUUACUACUGUGACUCACUGAAGCCUCAGAUGAUGGUUAGCAUUUUUUAGCAAUAAAAUAUUUUUAAUUAAGGUACAUACAUUGUUUUUUAGACAUAAUACUCUUGCAUACUUCGUAGACUAUAGUAUAGUGUAAACAUAACUUUUAUAUGCACUGAGAAAGCAGAAAAUUUGUAUGACUGGCUGUAUGGCAAUAUUCACUUUACCUCAGUGGUCUGGAACCCAACCCACAAUAUCUCUGAGGCAUGCCUGCCUGUAUUUCUUUUUCUAGAAAUUUGAUCAUUUUCAAUAAACUUUUCAAUUUUUUUGCAUAAAUUUUAUAUUAAUCUCUGUUUUUUAAGUACAUAUGCUGUAUUUGUAUUCACCUCCCCUUCCUACUCCUCAUAUUAUUAAUAUAUGUCUUUUUUAUUAGUAUUGCCAUAGGCCUUUGUAUAUCAAUAGUUUAGUUGAAACUGUAUUGUACUUUUGCUUCUUAUUUCACUAACUCCACUGUAUUAUAUUUUAUUUGCCUUUUUCUUUGUGUUAAAUUUUGUGGAUCUUUUUUAAAAACAUGAAUUCUUAAUUUGGAUUCUAAAUUAUUAAGUCUUUCUUAUUUUCUAAUAUUAAAAUUUUUGAAAGCUAUGCAUUUUUUUCUUUAGAAAAUAUAUAUUUUCUCUUUUUUUCCAAAACAUUUUACAUUUUUGCCUCUCACAUUUAAUCCUUGACCUCUGUGGAACUGAUAUUUGUACACAGUGAAUGAUGGAGAUCAAAUAUUGCCCUGUCCCCAUCAAGCAUCUAACCUUAGUCUUAAAUAGCCCUGACUUCAUUUACUGUUGUGUGCUUCAAAUGUUCCAGCCUUGUACAGGGCCCCUGCUUUAUCUCCUAUACUUUCAGUAACUAUUCAAGCCAAAACUUCAGAUGAAACGGGAAUGGCAAAAGAUCCCAAGUCAAUGGUUGUCUUCAGUCUUUGAAAUCCUUCCUCAGAUUCUCACACCUGUCUUGUAUUUAUCAUCUGAGGAUUUCCCUUAUUUUCUUGUCAGUUUAGCAUUAUUUAAAUAAUUGUUUUUAAAUAUAGCAUUUCUUUUUAUUUUACAAAGGGAGGAAUUGUCACAGUACCUACAUAUCAAUAGUACAAGAAGUCUUUUGAAUUGAUUGCCAUUUUAAGAACUUUUAACUCCAGCAGAAUAAAAGCACUGGAAUAAUAAGCCUAAUUUAGUUUUUAAGAAAUAUAUAUUCUAGGAACUUUGCUACUCCCUUUGUGAUGUGUUUUUUAUCACCAAUACUCUUGGCAUGUGCCUCAAUGCAAUGUGUUUCAAUAUUGUACAUUAAAAGAAAGAAAAGAAAAUAUCAGUGUAAGAGGCUGAAUACUCGCUGAUUUAAGAAUAAAUGUCUAGACAUUGUAGAUGCGCAUUAAGUCAGGUAUUCUAUUUUGGUUGGAAUUGACAGUAACUUUCCUUGGAAUCACAAUUGCUUAGUCAUUUAUUCUUCUCUUGCAUAUAAUUUAUGUAUUGGUCUAGGCAAAAAUCUCUCAGACUUUACCUGCUGCCUAUGCACUUUUCCAUAAGUUUAGACAGGAUUUUCUGAGGUCAUGUAUAUACAGAAAGUAUUCAACAAGGAGUCUGUCAUUUCCCAUGGAUUUCUUCUGUUUAAAUAAUUACCUAGCAAAGAUGAAAUCCUCUCUGGAUUAUAGGAGGCAAUGUUAUAGAAAGCAAAAUACUCUAGUGGUAUUCUUUUGCCUCUAAUUUUUCUAGGGUUCAGAACCUCCAGGUUGUUUCUAAAAUAGUUUCUUAGUAAAAUCAUUUUAUACCUUUUAGAAUGGGUGUUCGAGAGUCAGAGGUGAUCUCUUAUAAGAUUUGUCAUUUGUGGGCCAACAAGAAAUCCAUCACAAUUUACUCAGAACCUAAAGUGACUUUUAUAUUAUUAAACAGCUCUCUACAAUUGCCUGGAUAAAAAGGUUCAAAGUGGGUAUUAAUAACAUAGAUAGAUUAAAACAACUCAUACAUAUUAAAAAAUCAGGAACAAACAAAAAUAACCAUGUCUGCCAUGAUGCCCUAGAAUAAUGGUUAGCACUGUGGCCCCUCAGGUCAGACACUGAGUUUAAGUCUUUAAUGUAAGUUUGCUAGAGCUGCCUUACCAAAAUACCAGAGACUGGGUGGCUUAACCAGCAGAAAUGUAUUUCUCACCCUCAUGGAGGUUACAAGUCCAAGAUCAAGGUGUCUGCAUGUUUGGUUUCUUCUGAGGCUUCUCUCCUUGACUUGGAGAUGGCUGCCUUCUCACUGUGUCCUUACAUGGUCUUUCCUCUAUGCACCUGCACCGCUGGUGUUUCUCCAUGUCCAAGUUUCUUCUUCUUAUCAGGGUACCAGUUAGAAUGGAUUCAAACCUACCCUAACAGCCUCAUUUUAAUUUAAUUACUUCUUUAUUAAAGGCCCUAUCUCCAAAUGCAAUCACGUUCUCAGGUACUGGGGUUUAGGGCUUCAAUAUAUGAAUUUGGCAGGGUACAGAGCAGGGGAGGAUACAAUUCAGACCAUAAUACCCUUGUUUGUCGUUCACCAGCUGUGAGACAUCAGGCCAGUUUUUUUUUUUUUUUUUCAUCUUCUUUGUACCAUUAAGAUUGUUGUGAUUAUUAAAGAAUAAGAAACGUGCAAAACACUUAGGAUAAUGCCUGGUAAACAGCAAAUGUUAACUAUUAGUGUUAAUUAUUACAGAAUGGAAACUAUGAAUUUUUACAUUUAAGUAAAAAAUUAUGAAAUACAAAGUGCUCUGAAGAUAUCAAGUACGUCUAGUGGGUUUACAGUGUACAUGUAUUCUAUUUCCUUGUUGAUCUUCUGUCUAGUCAUUCUAUCCAUUAUUGAAAACGGAAUUUUGAGAACACCAACUACUACUGUUGAAUUGUCUAUUUCUUCCUUCAAUUCUGUCAGUUUUUCUUUCAUGUAUUUUGGGGCUCUACUAUUAAGUACCUGAAGGUUUAUAACUGGUAUGUCGUCAAUGGAUUGACCCUUUUAUCAUUAUAAACUGAUCUUAGUGUUAAGGAAAACAUCUAUAACUGAAAGUCAUAAACAUUAUUGGCCUCUUUUGCUCCAGAUUUCUUCAUCUUUUAUAUUUAUAUGUGUAGUAGCCUUUUCCUGGCCUUAGAACCCCAUUUGAAGAGAGAGAAAACUACUAUGGUGCUUUGACCAAUGUCUCCUGCUACAUCCAUCCUUAUGUGCUCUUGCCACUAAUAACUCAUGCCCAUCAAUUGAGGAUGCAGCUUACCAAGGCAAAUGAGGAAUUGGAAAAUAGCAAGUAUCAUGAAACUGAACUAGAAGCCAAAGGAGACCAAGGCUUCUCAGUGUGCGUUGACUGUUAUUAAGCAAAACUGAAAAUUAUGACAGAGUCUCAAAAUAUUGAUAAAUAUUGAAAUAAUAUUGGUCAUUAUGUUUGCUGUCAAUAUUGUCAGUAGUACAGACAGUAAAAUGAUUAUUGAUUGAUUGCUAAAGUUACUAAAGACACUGAAUUAUAUUACUUUAUCUUAGUUAUUACUUAAUACAUAGCUUAUUCUACUUUUUAAAUGUUCUUAAUAAACAUGGAAGAAGAGAGAACAUAUUAUGUACCAAGUACUUUUUUAAUGUAAAGAAGCUAUUUUAACUCAUACUUCAGUUUGAUGAAAGUAAAGACUUUGUGAAGAUGAGUUCAGAGUAAUAAAUGGAAGAAGCAGGAUUUUAAAACUUGGGUAUCUAAUGCUCAGGUUAUUUCUACUACAACUUCCUGCUACUUAAAAAUAUCUUGACAUUAUCCCAAAUUAAUUUUAUCAGGAUAUUCUGCUUUUUAGAGCUCUCAUUAAUAAAAAUGUUAUAACUUAACAUAUGUUAUAAAGUGAAGCAUAUCAGUCAUGUCAUAUAUAACAUGUAUUGUGUAAUCCAAACAGAUUGUUUAAGUGCUAUUGAAAUAGAUUUUGUCAUUUAUAGUAAUAAAAAUACCCUCUCUAUUAUGUUUAUUUAGUGCAAUGUGGUCUUCACCAUUGACACAUUUGCAAAAUGUGUCAGUAAAAGGAAGAUCGAAGACACAGAAGAUCUCAUAAAACAGAACUAUCUGCAAUGUUGACAUACUCUUAGUGCAAGGUAGUGACAAUGGUGUGAAAGUUCUGGUGGACAUAUGUCACUAUUUCUAUGUCAAAGGCAAAGCUAAGUGAAAAAUAGGAGUGGACAUUCUCAUAAAGGAGAUUCAUGUAUAUUAUCUCAACAUGUAUGUAUAUUAUCUCAAGCUACUUGGAAAUGAUAAUCAAGAAAUGACUUCCAAUGUUCCUGAUAACUGAGAAGAAAUGUGGCAUGUGUUAGAUGUGUUAGAGCUUUUUGAAGAUUGGGUUUUAAACAAAAGUAUUUUAUAAAAGAAGAAAAAUGUGAGAAACAUAUGCUCUGAUGACUUACUAUUCAUGAAUGUGUGAGUUUACUUAAGAUACAUAUGAUCUCCAUAGAGCAGAGAAUGGGGACACUGGGAGGGUCUCUGGCUGUCUUCUUUCACAUGACAGGUUUGU